UGUAGUUGUCCAAAUAUGAACGGCAAGAAUACUCAUUCAACUCUCUCUCUAGCGCACUCUUAAUCUCUUUCCUUGUUUCCAUCUUCUCUAAGAUCCGGACUUGUUUAUAAAACGAUGGAAGAAGGUUGUAGAUUGCAAGAAUUUUGAAUUGAGUAAUCAAAUUUAGAUGAUUCUAGGAAAUUAAGAAAUUUCUGACCUAUAAAGGAAUGAUUGAAAAAUGAACAGCAAGAACACUGUGGUCACAACUCGCUCUCUCUCUCCUUGUUUCCUGCUUCUGGAUCUACCUACCCACAACCGGCCGCCGCAGUAGCACCACCAUCAAAGGGCGGCAGCAUCACCACCACCGACGGCAGAGGCAGCAACACCAUUCCCAUUUCAAUGCCCUAAAUUACAGAACCCAAUUCCUUCAAAAAACUAGAAAAUACUAUCCCAAUUCCCCCUCAACCUCAAUAUCAUCCUAUUAUUCCUCCUCCUCCUCCUCCUCCUGUCGCGCUGCCGUUGUCUUCGUCGCUGCCUCAAUCCCAAUCUCAAUCCAUAACUAACUCUAUCGAAGACGACCCAAAUCAGUUCAAAGUCUAUGCUUGGUAAUAAACGCGUCUAUAGUCUAUUUACAAUUCUUCAACCAGCUUUUCUUUUCCUCGUAGAUUCUUUUCUUCCAAACACCCAAAACUCUUUCCUUUUAACCCUGUUCAAAUUCAGCUAAAAACCCAGAAAAGAUAAGGAGCAAAAAUUUGAUCUUUAUAUAUAUAUAUAUAUAUAUAUAUAUAUGAUCAUCCUAGUUUAGAAUUGCUGGGUUUCCAGAGAAAAAGACGUUGGAUUUGAUUUUUUAUUUUCUGACCUGGGUCAUUUUCUUUCAGUCAGUUGAGAGAAAAAAGAUGAUGGGUACUAAACUUGGAGCUUUGGUGUGUGUUCGGUUUGUUUAUUGUGGGUAGAUUUGUGGUGGAGAAGAACAGCUUGAAGGUUACUUCACCUGACUGGUUGAAAGAUGUUGAUGAAUGUGCAGAUGAAAAUGGGUUUGUUGCGGCGGCAGAUAGAUUAGGUAUUGAGAGAGAGAAGAGAGUGAUAAGGAGAAAUGGGUUUAACCCAUAAAAAAUGUGUAUUGCACAUAUUAACAUCAAUUUUUUGUUGGGGACAUGUAUCAGAAUAUUAGAUGGCCACCUCAGCAGGGAGCAAGCAUUGUUCAUUGCGAAUUUAACACCGUAUUAUGUUGAUAUGGUGCCUGAUAUAUCGAUUCUCUGUUUCUUUCAACUUGGGUUAUUCAGGAGCUAACUUCCUCAUUAUUCAAUCUUUUAUCCUCUCUCUUUCUACACGCAUUCUUUAUUUUGUUCACUUUUGUCUAUUUCUUCACGUACAAUACAAACGCUUCACCAUCCUCGACCCUUCGAAUCUUAUACUAUAUGAUUGAUUAUGUACAUUAUUGAUCCAUCUUCUUUGUACCCUUUUCAUGAAUUAACUUCAUUUUAACAGAUUUUGUGUUUGCGUUGAAGGGGAAGUAAAGUAAAGUAAAGUAAGGUAAGGUUUAUAGAGAGAGAGAGAGAGGGGAGAGUUUUUAGAGAGAGAGAGAGAGAGAGAGAAAGGGGGACAAAUGGGCAGGCUAUUUGUGGUCACUCUUGAAGGCAAGAUCUACAGCUGCAAGUACUGCCGAACCCAUCUUGCUCUCAGUGAAGAUAUCGUCUCCAAGUCUUUCCACUGCAGGCAUGGGAAGGCUUACCUCUUCAAUAAGGUAGUGAAUGUCACUAUUGGAGAGAAAGAAGAGAGAAUGAUGAUAACUGGAAUGCACACAGUUGCUGACGUUUUCUGUGUUGGGUGCGGAUCAAUUGUAGGAUGGACAUAUGAGGCUGCCCAUGAAAAGAGCCAAAAGUACAAGGAAGGGAAAUCCGUUCUUGAGCGGUUUAAGGUCUCGGGUCCAGAUGGAAGCAACUACUGGGCCACUCAUGAAGCACAUGUCAGUGGAAGUGAUGCAGAUGAUGCUUGAUUUACUCUUCAUUUCCAACUUUCUUCAUUCCAAUUGUAAAUUCUUUCCCCAGUGUUCCUGUUCAACUUGUGGAUUCUUGAUUUGGUAAUUUCUCAUUUCAGCAAAGCUUGAUUUCGCUGCCCGAAUAACAUGUAUCAAAGACUCCAUUGUUCACACUGAUUUAUGCUAAAUCAGAACCUCUCUUCAAAAAUUUAAAAAUUCUAACAGUGAAUGCACUUCGGGUUAGGAGGCUCUUAUUUUGAGCAGUACCCUGUUGUUAUUAGUCCAUAUGUUUGCUAUGUGUGCCAAAACUCUUACAUUGCUGUCUGCAUAAUAUAAGCAUUCAACAUUGUCAUUCA